AGAGGCACGCCGGUGCGCGUGGCUCCAUGUUAAAGCGAAAACGGCGUCUUCCACGGGGAGAGGAUAGGCAGCGGAGAGAACGGGAAGACGAAGGAGAGAAGCCAGAUUCGCAAUAUAUAGUGAUGCGCACCAACUUUUCUUCAAGCGAACUGGUCGCGGUUUUCCUAUUCACCGUUUCCAUCCUUCUCUACUGAAACUCCAAACUAGCAGACAAGAACGAUGAGUAAUGAAAACACCAAAGAAGAGGCGAAGUAUUGCUGCAUUUCUCACGAGUUCUUCCGAGCAGCUUCAGCAAACCCCGACAAAAUUGCAGUAAUACAUGCUUCCGGUGCGGCCCAAGUUUCCAUGGAACUUCAUGAAAAUUCUACUUCAUCCAUUUUCGGGAGAGACAUUGUUGAAUCCUUCGACAAGCUCGUGAAAUCGAUUUCUCCGCCUAUGUACUCUGGGGACUCCUGCUACACGUACUCUGAUAUGCUGGAGGCCGUUCACUCCCUUAGCUCUCGCCUCCGCUCCAUCCUGCUUGGUGGGGAUGACCCCCAUUUGAUCAGACCCAAAGCUCAAGCCAAUGAUGAUGUCGAUGGUGUAGAAGGAAAAAUCAUCGUGCCUAGAACAAAAACAGUGUCUGCUCCAGGAACAGAGUAUAGACCAAAGAUAGUGGGGAUAUAUAUGUCACCUUCUGUGGAAUACAUUGUCGCUGUUCUUUCUGUUUUGAGGAGUGGAGAAGCUUUCUUGCCUCUGGAUCCUUUUUGGCCCUACGGAAGGAUACAAUCAGUUGUUUCUUCUUCAAAAGCUGAUCUCAUUAUAAAGUCCCGAUCUUCAUUUGGUAAAGGUAACUCAGGUCAGCUUGAUGAUUCACAUUGGGCUGUACAUUCAAGCAGCUGUGCUAUUUUAAACUUCUCUAUGGAAGAAAACCUUCCAGAGUGCACAGCAGAUUUGGCAUGGCCUUGUGAAAAUGAUAAAAAGAGAUCAUUCUGUUAUCUGAUGUACACUUCAGGGUCAACUGGAAAGCCUAAAGGAGUAUGUGGCACCGAACAGGGUCUCUUAAAUCGAUUUUCUUGGAUGCAACAAAUGUAUCCACUGGAUGGACAAGACGUACUGUUGUUUAAGUCAUCAAUUAGCUUUGUUGACCAUCUACAAGAAUUUCUCAGUGCUACUUUGACUGCUUGUGUGCUAGUUAUUCCUCCCUUCUGUGAGAUGAAAGACAAUGCAUAUUCUUUGAUAAAUUUUAUUCAGGCUUAUUUUAUUAACAGGCUUACAGCUGUUCCAUCAUUAAUGAGAACAAUUCUUCCUGGGUUGCAAAAUCAUUCUGGCAUGCGGGUUCAAAGUUCAUUGAAACUGCUUGUGCUGAGCGGCGAAAAUUUUCCCUUAACCUUGUGGAAAAUGCUUUCUGCUGUCUUACCAAAUACAUCGAUCUUGAAUUUAUAUGGAAGUACUGAGGUCUCUGGCGAUUGUACAUAUUUUGAUUGCAAGAGGAUGCCAUUAAUCUUGAAGUCAGAGAUGCUAUCAACUGUGCCAAUAGGUAUGCCUAUUUCCAACUGUGAUGUGCUGCUUCUUGGUGAAAAAGAUGCAUCAAAUGAGGGAGAGCUAUAUGUUGGUGGUUCUUGCAUUGCUCGAGGUUACCAUGCUGUGCCUAAUUUAUUGUCCGAUGACUUUGUGGAAUUGCCUCAGAAUUAUGGCUGCAGAGAUUCUGUUGAUAGUUAUCAAAAGCGAUUAUACUAUAGAACUGGUGAUUUAGCCAAAAAGUUACCGACUGGAGACUUUAUAUUUUUGGGAAGAAAUGACCGCAUUAUAAAAGUGAAUGGACAGCGUAUUGCUCUGGAAGAAAUAGAAAAUUUACUCAGGGAACAUCCAGAUAUAAAUGAUGCUGCUGUAAUUUGUCAAAAUAAUCAAGGUGAACUUGUGCUUCUGGAAGCAUUUAUAAUACUAAAAGAAGCAGAAAGGGCUGGUGAAUUAUUAAUACCUUCAAUCAGAAGCUGGAUGACCCAUAACCUUCCAUCAAUUUUGGUUCCAAAUGAUUUCAUCUUUACGCAAUCAUUUCCUGUGACUGCUAGUGGUAAGGUUAAUUAUGAGUUGCUGACAGGUUCAACUUUAUUUACUAAGCAUUUUGAGGAUGAGGUUGGUAGCAUAGGAUGCAGCAACCUUCUACAAGUUGUCAAGAAGGCAUUUUGUGAUGCUUUAAUGGUAGAAAAGCUUUGCAAUAAUGAUGACUUCUUUAAGUUGGGUGGAAACUCGCUUACUGCUGCACAUAUUGCUCACAAUCUGGGAUUUGAUAUGAGACUCCUUUAUUGCCAUCCAAGUCCUUUUGAGUUAUGCAUGGCUCUUCUACAAAAAAUGGGAUCAUGCGCUUUGCAUAACGACUUGGAUGCUUGUUCAAAAUUUAAUGUAGACUCAGAAAAUCGUAUUUCUUCUGGUCUUUUUGAAAAUGCUGAUUUUCUUCAUGAACCAAUGGGUGCUUCUGAUGGUGACAGCAACAGUUCUCUUCCUUUCAAACAUUUGAAGAGGGACCUUACCAUGGACUUCAUUACAUCACAGGGUGAUGGGUCUAUCCCGUGGUGUUCUUCCUCAAUAUUUCUACCAUGCUCAAUUAGUCGAUGCAACAAGGUCUUGUUUAAAGAGCAGCCCAGAAUAACUGAUACACAUCAAACAACUUGGUCUUUGAAAGUACCUAGAAGUAGGAGAGGUCAUAUGAAAGACUUAUGGAAAGUUUAUAUGGAGUCUUGUGUUGAUGCAUCACCGAUGCUUGUGUUUAGAAGCUCUGAAAUUUAUUUAUUCAUUGGAUCUCACUCGUGUAAAUUUCUUUGUAUAAAUGCCCGAAGGAUCAAUAAAUCUCUGUUUUGUAGAUAUUCAACGUCUAUUUUGAGUUGUGGGUAGCUGCUCCAUAUUCACUGAUAUUAAUAACGUUAAUGCCUCAUGGUUGACCUAGUAAGUACAUAAAUAGUAUUUAUUGUUAUUAGGCAGCAUCGUGGGGAGUAAAUACAUUAGACAUAUCUCAUGUAAUCUUUUUCUUUAUCUUGCGCAAUCCCCUCUUCCUCUUUCUUCUGUACAUGUUGUACAUACUCCUUUGAUCUAUAGAUGAAGAUUUUCAGUGCUAAUCUAUGUGCCUUAUAUCAUUACUACUACAUACUCGAUGUGUGAAUUAUUUAGUGAAAUUAUUAACAAAUGUGUUAACAACGGAGUGUCUUAUAUUCUUUUCCAGUCUCUUAAAACAUCACUGUAGAUUGGAAGAUUCAACUACUUUUCUUAUGCGAUCUAAAAUAUAAUUAGUUUAAUUAGAUUGGACCAGAGAAGAAUUGACAUCUCUAUUCGUUUUGCUCUAUUUCCCUAGCCUGAUUCUUUGUAUUGCUGCUUGAAUUGUUGGUAAAUUUGUAUUGCUUCAUCCUUCUGCUUUACUUUCUUCAGCUGAUUAAUGAAACACUGGGAUUUAUUUUAUGGUAGUUAUGAAUUCUAUCCUCUUCAUGGUCAAUUUUUUUUUUUUUUAAUAAGUUGUGUGUAGUUGGUGUAUUGUGACUGCAUACUUAUGCUUGCACUAUAUAGCAAAAUUAUAAAGAAUUUGUGUUCUAGCACUACUGAGUACUGAAGUUGUGCUAAAUA